AUGAAGAUUAACGUCAAGACUCUGAAAGGGACUCACUUUGAGAUCCAAGUGAACCCUAAGGAUACGGUUCUUGAUGUGAAAAAAAAUAUAGAGGUAGUGCAAGGUGUUGAUGUUUACCCUGCUGUACAACAAAUGCUUAUUCACCAAGGAAAAGUGCUUAAGGAUGAAAGUACCUUGGAAGAAAAUCAAGUUGCUGAGAAUAGUUUUGUUGUGGUUAUGCUUUCCAAGAGUAAGGUAGCAGCUGCUUCAUCUGCACCCUCAAACCCAGCAGCCCAACCUGCAAGUUCUGUGCCUCCCCCUUCGUCAACACCUCAGCCUCCUGCUUCGACUGCCAGACAGGGAGAUUCCAAUCCUGUGCAAGCGCCUGCUGUUACUCCUCCCACUACUGUGGUGCCUAACACAUAUGGCCAAGCAGAAUCUAAUCUCCUUGCUGGAAGUAAUUUAGAAUCAACUAUUCAGCAGAUUCUAGAAAUGGGGGGAGGAAGUUGGGAUCGGGAUACUGUGAUCCGAGCUCUUCGUGCUGCAUAUAACAAUCCUGAAAGAGCUGUUGAAUAUCUCUAUUCUGGCAUCCCCGAACAAGCUGAAGCUCCAGCAGUUGCUGCAUCCACAAAUGUUGGGCAGGCAGAAAACCCUUUAGUCCAAGCUCCUCAACCAGCCGUGCCUUCUGGUGGGCCCAACACCAACCCACUGAACUUGUUCCCCCAGGGCAUUCCCAAUUUGGGUGCAAAUGAAAAUGCAGGCAACCUGGAUUUCCUCCGAAACAGUCAACAGUUUCAAGCUUUGAGAACAAUGGUGCAAGCAAACCCUCAAAUCUUGCAGCCCAUGCUUCAGGAACUGGGAAAACAAAAUCCACACCUAAUGGAGCUCAUCCAAGAACAUCAAGCUGACUUCUUACGCCUUAUAAAUGAGCCUGGAGGAGAAGAGAACCUAGAGGGUCAGUUGGAUGCUGUGGCGCCUCAGACCAUCACUAUCACCCCAGAAGAGCACGAGGCCAUUCAACGGCUUGAAGACAUGGGAUUCGAUCGAGACCUCGUGUUGGAAGUGUUCUUUGCAUGCAAUAAAAACGAGGAUCUGGCAGCCAACUAUUUAUUGGAUCACCAAAACGAGUUUGAUGAUUAG